GGGCUGCUGCCGGCCGUGGGUGGGCCGGGACCCGGGCUUUCCUCGUGCGUUCGGGCGGUGCCACGGGUCUGAGGGCUGCCGCUGCUCUGGGGAUGCCGCCGGGCUGGCGGUGCUGGCCUUGUCUCCUCGCCCUUGCCGCGAUGGGAGGGUGGAGUGCCUAACCGCUUCACCAAGGAGUUUUCACAGGCCAAAGCAAGUCCCCCAUCCUUUUGCCCAAAUGUCACCUGCCUGAUGGCAUCCCCGCUGGAUGGAUGGAGGCUGGACUGGUGUUCGACAUCCAUGCUACGCUGGGUGCUGUCGAGGCCAUUCAUCUCCUUCAUUUCCUGUCUCACAGAAGGAAAUGUGAACACAUCUGAGAUGCGUAUCGGCCAUGUCCUCAAUGGGAACAUGCUCCUGGAGAAGCCCAAUGCAGUGAAGCCAUUCCACGCAGAGUUGAGAGAUCCCAGUUUCUCCCCCAUGGGAGUCAUCUUGCUUUCUGCCGCAUUCCCCUUCAUCUGCGUGCACUCCCUUGUGCUGCUCUACCAUGUCAUCAGGGCUGCCAACGUCACCCUUCACCUCUACCUCAUCCCCAACAACCACGGCCUGGAAAAGGUGGUGGACAAGGAUGAGAAGAGAUGAGGCUAUUCACUCUUGAUGAACAAAUCUCCCCAGACCAAACGACUGCUGAACUCUAACACAUGAUACCGUGCAUCUGGUCCUUCACAGGCAGAGAUAAACCCUCAAGUGAGUUGGGCCACGUGCCUCACAACUGCUGUGAAGGAUGGCAAUGCUCUGACACACCAACCUGCUUCUGCCAGGAGCUGAAAUUCAUCUACCUGACAUCAGACAGCCGCCAGCUCCACACCGAGAUCUACAACAAAGACCUCCAGCUCUCUUUGCAGCUCUCUUUGAUGAAGGUCGCCCAGGAAGGUGAAAAGGAGCGUGACCUGCUGUGGGCUGCCUUCCCGAGGGCAGGUAGGAAGGACAUGAUUGCAGCCCUGGGUUCAGUGAGGCCUGAAAUGAGGCCUCAAGUUUGGUAAGGGAGCAGGACUUGCUGACAUCUGUCAGGGUGUGUGUCCAAGCCUCCUUUUUUCAGUCUGGUACCUUCCACUCUCCUUUUUGCUCUUCUCUAGGGGACACUGAGCCUCCAGCUGCCUCUUUUCCUCCUUCGUACUCAGGUGUGUUCUUCCUUUAGGGGGAGUGGGUUUGGCCUGGAGGUCCAGGUCUUGGUCAAUCCAGUGUGGAGAGAGAGUUUCUUUGUUCUCCCUAACGUACCCCAGAGAGCUGGAGGGGAAGGCCAUGAGGCCAUGAUGUCAAAUCAGAAAGAAUACUUCAGAAACCUAGGUAGAGAUUGAGGUGAGGAGGACUGGGAUGAGUUCUGCCUUUGGGCUGUUCCCUUGUGCAAAGUCUUGGCAGAAGAGGAAGAUACAAGAUGGUUUAAUCUGCCAUGCCAAGAGCAAACAAGAAGCAGUGAUAAGCAUCCUUCAGUCUUAGCAAAGGCGGGAUGUUUCCUAUUUAGCAGCAGCACCCAACCACUCACUCUUCUAUCGUAGCAGGUAUCAUGGUUUUGUGAUUUUUGGUUUCCGGUAUUCCAUAUCAUAACAUCAUGUGGGGCACUGGGAGUUUAACUGUUAAUGCUCAAGUCCUGGGUACCUGCUCAGAAGAGAAGGAGAACUGCAUUCCCCAGGAGACCUUGUGGUCAGGGAGAGGAAAUUUAACUCCUGGCAAGGUCACCUGAUGUGCUCUUUUUCAUCUGCUCUUGGUCGUGGGCGCUGCUCCGUUCUCCCUGC